AUGCUACGUACCGCCAGUGCUAGACGUGGAUUCUCCUCCGCCAGAACUGUGAUGCUGAAAAAGUCCUCCAAAGCUGUUGCUCCAGACUCCAUCGAGUACGGUGCGUUGUCGAGAGCACAAAAAGCGUUCCUCGAUCGUGUCAUUCGUGUGGACCAAGCUGGUGAGCUUGGUGCCAAUUAUAUCUACAUGGGACAAUACGGUGUUUUGGCCAGCAAGUAUCCUCACUUGAAGCCAGUAUUGCAGCACAUGUGGGAGCAAGAGAUCCAUCACCACAACACAUUUAACCGACUCCAGACACAGCGUCGCGUAAGACCAUCCAUUUUUACUCCAUUGUGGAAGAUAGGUGCCGUAGCAAUGGGUGCUGGCACGGCCCUUAUCAGUAAAGAAGCUGCCAUGGCAUGUACCGUAGCCGUGGAGACCGUGAUUGGCGGACACUACAACGAGCAAUUGCGUGUGUUGAUGAACCAGUUUAAUAUUCCCAUCUACGACAAGACUACUGGAAAACCUCUCAGCAAAGAACAGAUCACUGAAACCAUCGCUACUAGUCCCGAGCUUGCGCUGUUGAAGGAGAUUAUCGGCACAUUCAGAGAUGAAGAGCUAGAGCACUUGGAUACUGCUGUGGAGCAUGAUGCCGAUAAGGCUGUGCCAUACAUGCUUCUUACCGAGACCAUCAAGUUGGUGUGUAGGGGAGCCAUCUGGACUGCUGAAAGAGUGUAA